AUGCGUGUUGCAACCUGGCUUCUAGCAUUCGCGGCGGCCGUUGUGGCCAGCUCGCCCUCGACCGCUGGAAUCGAGGCUCUCGUCCAUCGCCGGCUUCCACAGCACGUUCACUCGUUUGAAUUCAGCAUUGCAAAUGCCAGCUCCGCCGGAAGCAGCGAUGCCUACACCGUUUCCACUGCCCACGGCGGCAAAGUCAAAGUUGAGGGUAACUCCUUGAGCGCGCUCGCCACGGGACUGCACCGCUAUCUAACUGAUGUCGCCCAUGUCGAUCUUUACUGGUAUAUCGGGAACCGGCUGGAUCUCGCGUCAGACCCGCUGCCACACCUGUCGGCGCCCUUGACGGGGUCCAGCAUCGUGCCGUAUCGAUACCAUUUCAACACGGUCACGACAUCCUAUACCAGCGCUUUCUGGACCUGGGAGGACUGGGAGCUGCAGCUAGAUUGGAUGGCCCUCCGCGGCAUUAAUCUGCCGCUGGCGUGGAUUGGCGUCGAGAAGAUUUUUGUUGAGGUGUUUCAGGAAAUCGGCUUGACAGAUGAUGAAAUCCUGGACUUUCUCAGCGGCCCGCCCUUUGAGGCGUGGAACCAUCUGGGCAAUAUUCAAGGCUCCUGGAACGGAUCCUUGCCCCUUUCUUGGGUUGAUAGCCAGUUUGAAUUGCAGAAGAAGAUUGUUAAGCGCAUGGUCGACCUCGGCAUGACCCCGAUCUUGCCGGCUUUCCCAGGUUUUGUUCCUAGGGCCAUCUCACGCGUGUUCCCUGAGGCGAACGUGGUCAAUGGAUCGACAUGGGAGAAAUUUCCGACUCAGUGGACAAACGACACCUUUAUGGAUCCACUUGAUCCCCGUUUUACCCAGCUGCAGAAAAGCUUUAUUUCCAAGCAGACAGCUGCUUACGGCAAUGUUACACAAUUCUAUACGCUCGAUCAAUUCAACGAGAACAAUCCGUUCUCUGGCGACGCCGACUAUCUUCGUAAUGUCAGCCGCGGCAACUGGGAUGCUCUCAAAGCUGCCGACCCUAGUGCGAUCUGGGUCAUGCAAGGAUGGCUGUUCGCGAGUAAUACAGAAUUCUGGACAAACGACCGCAUAGAAGCUUAUCUAGGGGGCGUGCCGGUUGACAGCGACAUGUUGAUAUUGGACCUUGUGUCAGAAUCCCAACCGCAAUGGCAACGCACAAAUUCUUACUACGGCAAGCCGUGGAUUUGGUGCGAACUCCACGGCUACGGUGGCAACAUGGGCUUUUACGGUCAGGUCAUGAACAUCACGGCGAACCCGAUUGCUGCUUUGCACAAUUCGAGCUCGCUGGUUGGAUUCGGGCUGUCGAUGGAAGGUCAAGAAGGCAACGAGGUCGUGUACGACCUUCUUCUCGAUCAGGCCUGGAGUGAGACGCCUAUUGAAACUGACUCGUACUUUCGCAACUGGGUGACGGCGAGAUAUGCUGGUAGCCAGUCGAUUCCUGACAACGUCUAUUUGGCAUGGGAUACUUUGCGAAGCACCGUGUACAACAAUACCAACCUGACAUCGAAUGCAGUAUCCAAGUCUAUCCUGGAGCUGGUUCCUAGCACGACCGGCCUCCUCAACCGCACUGGCCACCAUCCGACCACAAUCAAUUACAAUCCGGAUGACAUGCUGCGCGCCUGGGAUCUGUUUUACGGCGCGGCGUUCCAAGAACCUUCUCUCUGGGCCAACCCAGCGUACGACUAUGACCUGGUCGACAUGUCCCGCCAGGUCCUCGCCAACGCUUUCAAUCCGCUCUACCAAGAUUUAAUCUCGGCCUACAACACAACCACCACCCGAUCAACAGGAUCGCACCGCGCAUUGAAGAUCCGCGCCACAGGCAAAAAGCUCAUCAAUCUUUUAUGGGCGCUAGACAACGUUCUCCAAACAAAUCCACACUUUCGUUUAUCCACCUGGACUUCAGCCGCCCGAGCUUCUGCUGCCGGGCAGGAGAAUCUCGAGGCAUUUUUCGAGUACGAAGCCCGCAACCAAAUCACCCUCUGGGGCCCCACCGGACAGAUUAGCGACUACGCGUCCAAAUCCUGGUCCGGCCUCGUUUCUUCUUACUACAUUCCUCGCUGGGAGAGGUUUAUUAACUACCUGGCGAAAACCGGUCCUGCGGAUUACGACCAGGCCGAUUUCAACGCUGAGCUGUUGGAAUGGGAGCUGGGGUGGCAGAACGAUACCUCUGCUGGGGUUUCGUUGGUCUCUGAUGCGAUACAUAUUCAGGACGUGCUACCCAAGGUCAUCCAGGACUGGGAAGACAUUUUUUCGCUUUCCUGCACAAAUAUUUAG